AUGAAGAGCAAUGGCAAAGUAAUAAUGGGCAGGAAGUUGGAUGAUGAAGUUGCUACUAUUAUUCCAAGUGAUAUCAUUAAGGUACUCUUCUGUCAUCAUGGUCAUUAUGAUCCUAACUUGCAUGAUUAUGGUAUUAGAAAGGUCCUUGGUGAGAAGGGUCGUAGGAUUAGAGAGCUCACUGCUCUUGUUGAGAGACGUUUCGAUUUCCCUGAGAACUCCGUCGAGCUCUUUGCUGAGCGUGUCGAUAAUCGUGCUCUCUGUGCCCAGGCUCAAGCUGAAUCACUUCGUUACAAGCUAUUGGGUGGUCUUCCUGUUCGUAGGGCUGCUUAUGGUGUAUUAAGGUUUGUUAUGGAGAAUGGUGCUAAGGGUGUUGAGGUUACUGUAUCUGGUAAACUACGUGCCCAACGUGCUAAGGUUAUGAAGUUUGCUGAUGGUUAUCUCCUAUCUACUGGUACUCCUAAGGAGAUGUAUGUUGAUCAAGCUAUUCGUAAUGUCGAUAUGCGUCAGGGUAUUCUUGGUAUCAGAGUUAAGAUUAUGAUGGCUUAUGAUCCUGAGGGUAAGAGUGGUCCCAAGACUCGUCUACCUGAUGAUAUCACCAUUCACGAGCCUAAGGAGGAUACCGUCUUCCCUAUCGAGGCUACUACCACCGAGGAGGAAGCGCCAGUGGCAGCUCCUGAGACCGCUGUAGCUCAGGAGCAGCAACAGCCUGCUGCUGCUGUGGAGAUCACCGCUUAA